AUGUCCACCCAGUUCCCAGACGGCAAUGCCGCCGACGCGCCCCAUGUGGGAGACGCCUCGGGCAGCGACGCCAACCCUACCGCCGGUGCAACGAUCAGCCCCGGUAAGAGCGCGAGGUCUUUCGCUAGACCUACCGUGGCUUCCACCGCCCGCAGCAGCGCCUUGCCACGCGCUACCGGGUCCGCCAACUUACGCCAAAUCAGCAACCCAGCUGUACCUGGCGCCUUCGGAAACGAGCAGCUAGAGCAGCAGGGCUAUGACGCCGACUCAGAUAACGACGAGGCCGACAUUACCCAAAUCCACCAUCUAGUACCAUCGCGCCCGUUAUCACCUGUCGUAGACGCUCAAGACUCUAGCGACUCCUUUCAACCGUCCCCGCCUAACGUCACUACAACCCGCGGCCGCGCAGGCUUUCAGUACCCCGCUCUCCGACAGCGGUCGGACGCCCAGCGCACUGAUAACCCCUUUACGUACCAAACAGAAGACGGCAACCAUACUAGCUACGCCCUCUCUCCGCCUACAUGGGACCCGCUACCCUCGCCUACGCCACGCACAGAGGGGACUACCUCAAAGCCCGUCCGCAAAGUCAUUGGCUACGUAAUCCCCAAAACUGACUUGCCUCAAGGCAGUCAGCCAACUCUAGCCGCCUAUGAGUACGACGCCAACGGCGAGCCCAGGCUAGUAGGAGAACUUGACGAAGCUUUUGUUAAAGGCUCAACCACGGAAGCUGGAGAGAAACUCUACCAGUUCUGCUUUGACACCGUCCACACCCUACAUAACGACCUCGCCAAUCUUCAAGAGCGCCUGACGGACGCUCAGGAAGACCUCAUCGACGAGCGCGUCGCCAAACUCAACUCCGAAAAGCAGGUAAAGUUCCUUACAAACCAGCUUCAAGAGGUGAGAGGCAGCCUCCACGUAGCCAACCAAGACCUCCAGUCGAAACUCGACACCGCUGAGCGACGAGCCGAACGCUACCUCCAGCGCAAGGAGGAGUACAAGACCGCCCUUAACCAAGAGUCUACCGCGCACGGCGAAACCAAAGAAAAGCUUAAAGCCUAUGCUAGCACCGCGCGCCCAUCUCUACGCGGCAAACCGCAUGACUCCAUCUCUGACGAAUCAGAUGGACCCGUUACAGUGCACGGUCACCAGAUGAUCACCAACGCCAGUUGA